UAAAGUUCCUCCAAAACCUCACCGCCACACGAAGAAGAAGGAGAAAUGGCUUGCACCGUAGAUUUCCGGUGCCUUGACGAAGGAUUCGGCGGCAAAACCUACAAACGUAAACGCGAAUCUCAAGAACAAGCCGCCGCCGAAGCAAUCGCCGAUGAAGCAUCUAUGGACAUCGAUGGUGCUCCUCCUUCCGCAAAACGCAGCGCCGUCGCUUCCUCUGAAAAUCCUGCCAAACCUAUGGCUGUAGCGGUUGAGAGACCCACCUACGACGGUGUAAUCGCCGGGAAAGUCUCUGGACGGAAUUGGAAACAGCCGCGAACUCACAGAUCUUCAGGGAGGUUUGUGAAGAACAGGAAACCAGAUCUGGAGGAGAUGAAGAGGCAGAAGGAGAUUAAGAGAGCGUAUAAGGAGAGGAUGAAUGAGCUUAAGGAAGAGAUUAGGAAUAAUAAGGUUGAGAAGAGGAAGAAGAAGGAAGAGAGAGAGAAGAGGAAGAAGGAGAAUGUUUUGAGAACUGGUACUAAGUUGCAGAAGAUUACAAAUCCUAAGACUUUGAAGAAAAUUGCUAAGUCUAAGCAGAGGAAGCAUCUCAAGAAUAUUCCUGAGGAGAUGUUGAGUGGUGGUAGCAAGAAGAGUAUCACAAAUUAGGGAUUUUUGUUCCUUCUCUUUAAAGGCAAUUGUUUUCGUUUUUGUAUUUUCUCAUGAGGUUUAUUCUGUGUUGUUUAGUUAACAAUUUGCAGCUGAGAGCUAAAUGUUGUGGAAGUUUAAUAGUGAGAAACAGUGUUUUGCUUCAACAGAUUAGAACCCAUCUUUUGUUUGCAGUUUCAAUUUCACUCCUUUGAGAAAUUGGAUUUUGAUUAUCAUUGUCUAA